AUGGAGAGUCGCUCGGGCAGCAUAAAGGACCCGAUGUACUAUCCGGAUAACGACGGCACGUCGAGCGGCGGCGGCGGUGACCAGCAGGACAAGAGUCAGCGCAGCUCGCUCGGCAGCCAGGACAUCAGCCUGGACGACAACAACGCGCUCAAGGUGCCGCGCAAAUUUAUCACCAACUGGCGGCAGGCGUGCGACCGCACGCGGGACCGGACCAAGGACCUUCUGAAGAGAUGGAGAACGACCAGCAGCCACGUCGACGAGCUCGCCGUCGCGCCCGUUGCCGCCCCCGAACUGGAACAUCCCAGCUGGAGCGUGCACGUCUGGACGACUUGGGUGAGCCGCUUUCCGAGCGACGACAGUUUGUGCGCCCUUGACUUCAGUAAAAGCGGCGGAUCAGAGACCUUAGCCCCCAUUCAACGUGAUAAAUUCACUCACUUUUUUACAUACCUCUUGGACCACGAUAGAGAUGGUUACGUCAACAGAAAGGAUUUUUCACUACUUUCCGAGCGUUUGAGAAGAUUUGCGGACUGGUCGUGGAACGGUCCGGAGUAUCUGAGGCUCCUGGAGAUCGAGAACGGAUUCGCCGGAUUGAUCCUUCAGGAUAAGAAGGGGCCGGCGGAGUCGGACAAAAAGAUCGAUCUCGACGAUUGGUUAUCCUGGUGGGCGCAGAUCGUUGCACCGACGGAAGGCGCCAGUUACAAUGACAUGCCCUUCUGGAUCAAAGUUAUGCCCAGAGUAUUUUUCCUCGCCAUAAACAGCUCCGGCAGUGGGAUGAUCAGCAAGAAGGAACUCGCGGCCUUCUACGGCUCCGUGGUUGGCCUGGACACCGACAGGAUAAACAAGUGCCUGGACAUCGCGUACAACUCUAUGACUUCGAAUGGAGAUCAUCCUCUCGGCUGGGCGCAGUAUCAGUUAGUGUUCGCCAAUUUCCUGUUCGGCCGCGGCCCGUUCGGCCCGGGGGAGCAUUUCCUGGGCAUGACGGACGCCUGCAUGGUUCGCGGUAACACCAUACCGUUCCCCAUCGAUUAUUCCGCGAUGAACACACCGCGGGACAAAUUAGAGGUGUACAGCCCCCAUUGCAAGAGCAACAGGCGAAGCGUUGUAGUCUAACGGGUGAAGUUGUCGUGAGAGAGAGAGUUCCUUCUGGUUAGUGAUGCAACAUGCACAAUCAUCCCUCGAGUGCCUAAUACCGUGUAUCAUAUAAAUGUGUUUGAUAUAAAUUUAUUUUCGUCAACAGCAAAAAGAUCUCGAGAGUAUUGAAGAAAAUUAUAUUGUCCAUCUUGCACAAGUAUUUCGAUGUACAAAAAAGCUCGAUGAUCAGAGUAUAAUUAGAGCAUUAUUACAUCUCAAUACACUAUUACACUGCCAUUUAUCUUAUAGGGAGCAUCAUGAGUAUUCUUCACACAUAGAACGUACGUGUGUCUAUUUUUAGGUAAAACACAAAGAGGUUUAAAUGAUUUUUUUAAAAACGCAAUAUUACAAAAAAUCAAUUAUUCGAAAGAUUUUUCUCGGCGAGUAGAAAUAGUGCAUUCAUUUGACGCAGUGAAGAAGAGACUAUUACGUACUUACAAAAUUUAUUUCAAGCACUUGGCAGUUUAGUACUUCUUACACGUCGAAGUCACCACGACACAUGGAUGAUGAUGUUACGUGUGAGAGAGACAUGACUUUUGCUAUAGCAUUAUCGAUUAUCGACGCGUGCGUAACGGCGUGCGCGUUUCUAUAUGUAAAACGAUUAUUGUUGUCUACAAAUAAUGAGAAAAUAAUGACGACACUUUCUUUUUUCGACGA